AUGCCUCGGAAGCAGCAGGGUAGCUGCACCUUUCUCCUCACCUUCCUGGGUCUGUGUGGGCUGGUUGGCGCCGUUACCAGAACAUACUACAUUGGGAUUGUGGAAGAACACUGGAACUAUGUACCUCAAGGGAAGGACGUUAUUACUGGGAAAAGUUUCACAGAAGACAAACUUGCAACUUUAUUUCUCGAAAGAGGGCCCAACAGGAUAGGCAGUACUUACCUAAAGGCCAUUUACAGACACUACACAGAUGAGACCUACUCCACGGAGAUCUCCAAGCCCCCCUGGCUUGGUUUCCUGGGCCCCAUCUUGAGGGCUGAAGUGGGUGAUGUGAUCGUCAUUCAUUUAAAGAACUUUGCUUCCCGACCUUACUCUUUGCACCCACAUGGGGUUUUCUACAACAAAGAUUCAGAAGGAGCCUUAUACCCAGAUGGAACUUCUGGAAAAAACAAGAAUGAUGACAUGGUCCCUCCUGGCAAAAACUACACCUAUGUCUGGCCAGUGAGAGAAGAAUAUGCACCUGCUCCAGCAGAUGCCAACUGCCUGACCUGGGUGUACCAUUCACACAUUGACGCCCCUAAGGACAUCUGCUCUGGUCUGAUUGGGCCCCUGCUCGUGUGUAAGCAAGGUGUCCUGAAUAGAUACUCAGGGACAAGGACUGAUGUGGACCGAGAGUUCGUUAUAAUGUUUACUCUUGUGGAUGAGAAUCAAAGUUGGUACCUCAAUGAAAAUAUCAGACUUUACUGCUCUGACCCUGAUUCCGUCGACAAAAAAGACGCCGUUUUCCAGAGGAGUAACAAAAUGCACGCCCUCAAUGGAUACCUCUUUGGAAACUUCCCUGAACCUAACAUGUGCGUGGGUGAAUCCGUGUCUUGGCACCUGUUUGGAAUGGGGAAUGAGAUAGACAUCCAUUCCAUCUACUUUUAUGGUAACACCUUCAUCAGCAGAGGGCAUCGGACUGAUGUGGUCAACCUGUUCCCAGCCACCUUCCUCACCGCAGAAAUGAUAGUUGAGAAUCCUGGGAAGUGGAUGAUAACCUGCCAAGUCAGCGACCACCUGCAAGCUGGUAUGCUGGGGCAAUACAAUGUUGGUAACUGCAAAGGUGGCAUUUCUUACCCCAAGAUGAAGGGUCCACAGAAGCACUACUUUAUAGCAGCUGAAAAGAUUCUGUGGGAUUAUGGUCCUCAAGGCUAUAACAAAUUCAGCGGUCAUCUCCUGAAUGCCUCUGGCAGUGACUCCGAGUUCUACUUCACACAAGGGAACAACAGGAUAGGAGGAAGAUAUUGGAAGGCUCGGUACACGGAGUAUGUUGAUGCAACUUUUACUCGAAGAAAGAAACUCUCAGAGACAGAAGCCCAUCUUGGAAUUCUUGGCCCAGUCAUCAAGGCAGAGGUGGGUGACACCCUGUUAGUGACCUUUGCCAACAGAGCCGACAAAGUCUAUAGCAUCCUACCCCAUGGUGUGAUCUAUGACAAGGCAUCAGAUGCAGCCCCAAACAUAGAUGGAUUUCGAAAACCAGGGGCGCACGUGAAACCAGGUGAAAUCUUCACAUACAAGUGGAUGGUGCCUGAGAGUGUAGGUCCAACAGCCGACGACCCUCCCUGCCUGACCUACUUGUACUUCUCCGCAGUCGAACCAAUUAAGGACACCAGUGCUGGCCUUGUGGGGCCUUUGCUAGUCUGUAAAAAAGGUGCGCUUAAUGCUGACGGGACACAGAAAGGAAUAGACAAGGAAUUUUACCUACUGUUCACGGUCUUUGAUGAGAAUCUGAGCAGGUAUCUUGAUGAGAACAUUCAGAAGUUUACCUGGCAUCCCUUCAGCGUUGACAAAGAAGACAAAGAGUUCGUGAAAUCCAACCGAAUGCACGCUGUUAACGGCUACAUGUAUGGCAACCAGCCAGGCCUAAAAAUGUGCAGAAAGGACAGAGUUUCCUGGCAUAUGAUUGGAAUGGGCACUGACACCGACAUGCAUGGAGUUUAUUUUCAAGGGAACACCAUCCACCUUCGAGGCACUCACCGUGACAGCCUGGCCCUGUUUCCCCACAUGGCCACCACAGCGUUCAUGCAGCCAGACCAUGCAGGUAUUUUCAGGGUGUUCUGUUCUACCAUGCACCACUUCACCAGAGGCAUGAAUCAGAUCUAUGAGGUCAACAGCUGCGGCAACACGGACCCCUCUGAGCAGCCAUACGGGAUGAUAAGAACCUUUUACAUCGCUGCUGAAGAGGUAGAAUGGGAUUAUGCCCCUAACAAAAACUGGGAGUUCGAAAAGCAGCACUUGGACGCUGGAGGGGAAAGACAUGGCGAUAUAUUUAUGAACCACACUGAAAACUGGAUCGGCUCUCAGUACAAGAAGGUGGUUUACAGGGAAUACACCGACGGAGAAUUUGUGGAGAUCAAAGCCCGACCGCCACGAGAGGAGCAUUUAGCGCUGCUAGGCCCAAUGAUUCAUGCUGAGGUAGGCGACUCCGUCCUGAUCAUAUUUAAGAACAAAGCCACGCGGCCCUACUCCAUCUCGGCCCACGGUGUGGAGGCCAUGGACAGUGGGAAGCAGCUCCAAGCGCUCAUCACAGAGCCAGGAGAAAUAAACACUUACAGGUGGGAUAUUCCUAAAAGAUCCGGUCCGGGGCCCUCUGAUCCCAACUGUAUCCCGUGGGUUUACUAUUCCACGGUCAACUUUGUGAAGGAUACAUACAGUGGUUUGAUGGGUCCUCUGAUUACAUGCCGGGAAGGAGUAUUGAAUGAAAAGGGAAGAAGGAGUGAUGUCGAUUAUGAAUUUGCACUCUUGUUCUUGGUGUUUAAUGAGAACGAAUCCUGGUAUCUGGAUGACAAUAUUAAGAAGUAUCUCAAUAAAGAUCCACGCACCUUUAAGCACACUGAUGAUUUUGAGGAGAGCAACAGAAUGCAUGCCAUUAAUGGAAAGAUCUUUGGGAAUCUUCAUGGACUCAUAAUGAAUGAAGAUUCAAUGACAAACUGGUAUUUGUUAGGAUUAGGGAGUGAAGUGGACAUCCAUACCAUCCAUUACCACGCCGAGAGCUUUCUUUUCAAAAUAGAUAAAUCUUACCGUGAAGAUGUGUAUGAUCUGUUUCCUGGGACAUUCCAAACCAUCGAACUGUUCGCAGAUCACCCAGGGACAUGGCUGCUGCACUGUCACGUGUCUGACCACAUCCAUGCUGGCAUGGAGACAACCUACACGGUCCUCCGGAACAUAGACAACAGGGUUCCUUACUCCACGAAGUCUCCCGGAGCAGCGUCCCGCCCGGCCACGGUGCCCUCGCACGGACAACCCAGCCAGGACGAGCUCUAUUUCUUUGGCCAGAACCUGGGUCCCAGAGGAGCCAAGGCAGCCUUGGUCACCCUCUUCAUCAUCGGGUUGCUCCUCCUGAUUGCCACCGUGACUCUCUCGCUCCGUCUCCGCUCUGUGAGGAAGCAGAUGGCCUAUCGGGAGGUCCAGUCCUGCGCGCUCCCCACGGAUGCUCUGUGAGCCAUCGGGCUUCCUCAGCAGGCAGGGGUGAGGCUCCACCCCCCGCCGAGAGGUAGACUGGACCAAGGCAUCGUUCACCAAGGAAGAAUGACACCGGGGAGUGGAUUGGGCUUCUGAUCCUCUGGAACAUCACCCAGAGCAAUUAGCUUUUAUUUAUUUAUUUGUAAACGGGCUGUGAAUAAUCCUCAGGUAUAAAUACAGAAAUGGGAGAGGGGGUGGGACUGAGAAAUGCCCGCUCAUAGCCUGUUCCCGGGCUGAGGUGGCCGAAGUGGGAGAGCCUCUGAAGGAUACUUUACACUCCAUCUUCCAUAACCCUUAGGUUAAGCAGUGUGCUGA